AUGUGGAGCUGGCAGGUAAUCCUACUACUGCUUCCGCUCCUGGCCUCGGCCAAGAUCUUCGAUCGCUGCGAGCUGGCCCAUUCGCUGCAGCAUCGCUUUGGACUUCCUGCCGCCCAGGUGGCCACCUUGGUGUGCAUUGCCCAGCACUCGAGUGACCUAAACACGGCUGCCUUUGGUGGCGGCACGGGUCUGGGCGGAGGAUCGCAUGGGCUCUUCCAGAUCAGCGAUGUCUACUGGUGCUCGCCUCCGGGCCAGGGCAAGGGUUGUGGUCUGAGCUGUGCGAGUCUGAGGGACGACGACAUAGCGGAUGAUGUCCUGUGUGUGAGGAAGAUCUAUGCGGAGCAUCAGAGGAUCAGCGGAGAUGGCUUCACUGCUUGGCAGGCCUAUGGCGCCUACUGUCGCCAGGAUGCGGCCUCCUAUGUGGCAGGAUGUGCUGGCGUUUCCACAGCACUCUCGGUGGCUGCUUCUUAUCAGAAGCCCCAGCAGGUUCAGGUGAACAGCUACCAUCAGGUGGCACAGGCGCCAGGGAACUACUAUCAUCACCAGCCAGCGAAUAGCUACCAUCAGGUGCCUCAGACGCAAGUCCAGGGAAAAAUCUACAAUCGCUGUGAGCUGGCCCAGGAGCUGUAUUAUCAGCAUAAGCUGCCCAUGCCGCAGAUCCCCACCUGGGUGUGCAUAGCCCAGCAUGAGUCCUCCUUCAACACAGCGGCCGUAGGUCGCCUCAAUGCCGAUGGGAGUGCAGAUCACGGACUCUUUCAAAUCAGCGAUCUCUUCUGGUGCACCCAUGACCAGCGGCCAGGAAAAGGAUGUCAGGCCACCUGCAACCAGUUUCUGGACUCCAACAUAGUUGAUGAUGUGCAGUGCAUAAGGAGGAUCCACCAGGAGCACACCCAGAUUUCUGGAGAUGGCUUCAACGCCUGGACGGUGUACAAGAGGAACUGCCUCAAUCAGCACUACGAGCAGGUGGCUGCCUGCUUUGCCAAGCCGCCAGCUCAUCAUCAUCAUCCGAAUGCCAUCGGAGGAGGUCCUGUGAAGCCAAAGGUCAGCUAUGCCUAUCAGUUUGGACAGGUGCAGGUGCAGCAGAGUCCUGCGCCCGCCGUGAAUCAAUACUAUCGACCAGCUCCCACAGUAGUGAACCACCAACGAGGUGAGGUGGCCAAUGUGGCUGCCUAUCAGGGGAAUCCCUUCCUGCGGCCGCGUCUUCCUGUAGCUCCCGUAACUGCCGCUGCUCCCUCUCCCCCCAGGCAGCAUCCCAAUGCCAUAAAUGUGGCCUUCAAGGGUCAGACCCCAGCCAAUCCCUUUUAUUACAAGCAGCAAACACAGUAUCAGCCACACUAUCAGGCACACUAUCAGACACACUAUCAGCAACAGUAUCACACCACAGCACACACAGUAGCGCGCACGGGUAAAGUUUACAAUCGCUGCGAAUUAGCCCAAGAGUUGUAUUUCUCACACAAGUUUCCCAUGCAGGAAUUGGCCACCUGGGUGUGCAUCGCCGAGCAUGAGUCCUCGUUCAAUACGGCAGCCGUGGGUCGUUUGAACGCAGACGGGAGUGCGGAUCACGGACUCUUCCAGAUCAGCGAUCUCUACUGGUGCACCCAUGACCAAGGAGCUGGCGGCAAGGGCUGUCACAUUGACUGCAAUCGCCUGCUGGACUCGGAUAUCUCGGAUGACGUGAAGUGUGUGCGAACCAUUCACGAGGAGCACACCAGGAUUUCGGGCGACGGAUUUACAGCCUGGACCGUCUACAAUGGACACUGCAGACAGAAAACCCGAGCCGACAUAGCCAGCUGCUUUGAGGGCAAAGAUGUGACGCAGGCAGGAAUCAAGCCAGCAACUGGCAACGAGCUGGUUAAGAAGGCUCCGCCGAAGCCCAAGGGAAAGAUCUACAAUCGUUGUGAGCUGGCCAAGGAGCUGUACAAUAAGCAUAAGUUACCCAUGCGAGAGAUUCCCACUUGGGUUUGCAUAGCCCAGCACGAGUCCUCGUUCAAUACAGCAGCUGUGGGCAGACUCAACUCAGAUGGAAGCGAGGAUCACGGGCUAUUCCAGAUCAGCGAUAUUUACUGGUGCUCCCAUGACCAGACAAGUGGAAAGGCCUGCCAUAUCGAGUGCGAUCGCCUGCUGGAUUCCGAUAUUUCCGACGAUGUCCAGUGCAUACGCACAAUCCAUGAGGAGCACACUCGUCUCUCAGGAGAUGGCUUCAAUGCCUGGACCGUUUACAAUGGACACUGCCGGGGUCAGAGCUUGGCCCAGCUGAGCGACUGCUUCGAUGGAAAUGAGAUUGCAGAGGCGGAUAAGAUCAGUCCACAUGGAGAAAAGCCUCAAGUGAAGCCGCAUCAAUUAAAUUCAGAGAAGCCAGUGCACAGGAUUGCCGCUAGUCCUGGUUAUUUGGGAAAUCCAUUCCUGCAGAAUCUACAAACAGCUAAAGCUCCUCAAAGUCAUGUGCCGCCCACCAAAGUUUCUAAUAAAAUUACAAAUAUUAAUUCAACACCCAAAGAGCCGCCCAGCAAUAAACUCUAUGCCACCAACCCCUUUUUAAAUAGCUUGCAGGGUCAAAAGAUUUCAUCACCCAAUCUAGUUAAAGUUCAAGCUACUCCCACACCAGCAAGUGCCAUUUCCUACACCCAAAAGCCCAGCUACGAUCACAAUCCCUUCCUAAAAGCCCCUGGCUCAAUCCCACACUCUGUCAUCUCAUCACACACCGCCGAGGAGACCAAGCCCCAUGACAGUUUCUCCUAUGCCCAGAAUCCAUUCCUAAGUCUACUUAGCAAACCAAUAGUACCGGCUCAAGCACCCAUCAAGCCCCAGCCCAAGCCAAAGCCCUCGAGCGCUAGCCCAUCUAAGCCCCCUCAGACGGUCAACAGACCCUAUGUCAGCAGCGACAGCUUCCGCAAUGAGGUGAUUAAGUUUACGGCCACAUCUACGGCAGCACCGACUACGUCAAGUACAAGGCAGCCCAUAAGUUCAACAAGUAUUACAAAGCCAUCUGUAACAACAACCACGGGGAGACCCUUGACAGCAGCAGCCACAAAGAAACCAGUCUCAACUACGGCCAAAACAACUAAGUUGCCGUUAUGGUCAUGGCAAACUUCUGUCGGAAAAACAACCACGACGACUAAGCCCACGAUAACGGGAAGUGGUAGCCGCUACACAGCCACAACGAAAGCCUCGGCACAGCCCACACCUAAUCGAAUUAUUACAACUAAUAAGCCAAGUAUAUAUCCAACAAUUGGGAAAACUACUCGGCCAAGUGUUCGCACAACUGUGCGUCCAACUACAUCUACAUCUCGUCCAACUACUCGUCCAACUACUCGUCCAACUACUCGUCCAAGUACUCGUCCAACUACUCGUCCGACUACUCGUCCAACUACUCGUCCUACAUCUCGUCCAACUACUCGUCCAACCACACGUCAAACUACGCGUGCAACCACUCGUCCCAUAACUACAACUCGCCCAACAAUAAGAUACAGUUCAACUCACCGGCAAUAUUCACCAACAACGAGACACACAACUCCUUCAACUCCAACUCGCUAUACAACCAUAAGCAAGCCCACAACUCGCCCAAUUACAACUCCUAGACCAAUUACAACCCUACGCCCAGUUACGACUAAUCGCUAUAUUUCCACGACUGCAACAACGAAGAAUUCUACCCGUAAUGCAGGUGUUUAUUUACCCACCUCUCGCCCAAUUUCCACAACCAAGACCACACCUCGAUCUACAACAAAAUCUCCAUAUCAUUACAUAGAAGUAAAUAAAACCACGAAACGACCAGCACCAACUAUUCGUUCAACAACAACUACUCGUCGAACACCAACAACUUAUCAGCCAGCAACAACAAGAUCCCCCACACGUUACUCAGUACCCACAACUCGUCAAGGAAGCACCACCCCAAGGCCAUAUCUAUUCACUUCGACCCCAACAACGAAAAAGAGCGUCACCACAAAAGAUCCCUUUGAUCAUCCGUUUUUCCAAAAAUACAAAGCCAAGUUUGACAAGACCACCACAGCUCCCGCACAAAAAUCAAAAACCACCAGCACAAUAAUCUCAAAUCCAAGCAAUACCACAACGAGCAGUCCAUACUAUGCCAAAUAUCAGGAGAACAAAAUAAAAACAGCAGCCAAAACGGUUCUUUCCUACGAUUUUGGCCACAAUAGAACCACAACGGUAAGGCCAAAAAGCGCCUUCGAUGUUUACCUGAAUUGGAACAAGAAUUAG